UUCCUUCUCAUGCAAUGCUCGAGUCAAUUGUAGUGCUAGUGCCGUUCAGUGCUACUACUUUUUUGCUCUACAAAUACAUCUAUAACCACAACCUCAUUCAGACAUAUUCGCAUCGUUUACAUGUCCCAAAAGCGGAAAUCAAUGACUUCAUAGCUGCUAAGCUCGUUCGAUCUCAUCACUUGGAGAUUCUUCCUGUGAAUGUGGAAGAUAAUGAAGAUGAGUUCGAACCAGACCGAAAAUUGCAUAACUCAGAACUAUACAACAAACCAUCUUCCACCUUGCUGGCCGAGAAAAGAUACAACAUGCUCAUCGGCCUCAUUUUCAGUAUCACCAUCUCGCUCAGUAUGCUGCUAAUGCUGCUAAUCUUGUGUGAAUUGGUAGACUACUUGUCUGAAGAAACCAGACUCUUCUACAUAACGUGCACCAUCAACUCGUUGGUAUUCCUUCUCACGAUCGCCCAGCCAUUUCUCAUUGUAAGUCUCUUUAUCAACAACACCGUAGUACCCGUAUUCAAGUCUAAUGUACUGAAAUUCGUUCAGACGAUGGCUCUUUUCUUGUGUUGGUUGUUUGCAUUGCACAAGUGCGGAGACCUUUCUCGCACGUUCACUCCACGCACUGUAUCGACGACUUCUUCAUACAAUCAAAACACCAAGACGAUUAUAGAGAACAAGAUCAACGAGAUCUCCAUCGCUGGGAUCACGAUCUUGGCUGUAUUGUCAGGUAUAGGCUCUACCUCUACACCCUAUAAACUCUUUGCAUGGCAAAAACUCAUAUCCAGAAUUCGAGAAGUAACAGAAAGUGACAUAAAUGCUGCUAUCAGAUACUACAAUAAUACAUGUUCGCUUCUAACUCGCAGAGCAGCAGAUUUGGAACGACUUGUACAAAGCAAUAGUGGUACCAUCUACAACUUGCCCAGUAACGAUUCAUUCAACGGAGCUCAACAUUCGGUGCCUAGUUCUCCUCUGAAAAAGAGAGGUUUUGGGGGUUUACUCCACAAAGUACAAUCAUUCGCCUCACUUAAUGCUGCUGAGAGUCUGGAACAAUCUGAGCUUUCAAGGGAAAUCAAUUCGCUAAAGAUAUUGAAAAAGAGUCUCUACGACGAUGUCAUCAAACAGAUCUCGCUGUAUUUGGAGCAACAGCAGAGACUUGCUGCCCGAAAUGAGGACAUACUCAAUAUACUGUUAAAGUGGGGCAAUCUAGCCUUUGGAGUUUACUGUGUCUACAGAAUAGCAAAUGUGAUUGUCAUUCGUAUACCGAUGAUGAUUUUGUAUAGACAUAGUACUGGUGAUGAGUACGAGCUACAUGACGAGAAAACUAAUGUCAUUUCAGAACAAACUCCAGAGCCAACAGCACCUAGUGCUUCUAAAGAUGCUCUUGCGACUACUCUCUCGAAAAUGAUCCUCUUCAUAUUCCACACUCUUCCCGUGACCGAAUCGCAGUUGAUCAACUUGUUUAGCUUUGUCCUUUCCGGCAGUUUGUUUGUAUGUUCUUUCUCAAAUGUCUUGAUGACGUUCAAGUCGUUUGGACGUUUCCUUCCUGCCAGUGUGGGCACGAAUCUGAGCAAGAACUGGCUCAAGCAUUUGAUCAUAUCCGAGCUUCUCGGAGUCUACGUGAUAGCCACGGCCCUCUUGAUUCGUACCAAUCUCCCGACCAACCUCUCUCAACAGGUGUCGAAGAUCCUCUCCCUCUCAGGAAGUGCGAUUCGUAACCCGACCUUUGCCAUGAAGGAAGUAGAAUUCAUCGACAACUGGUUCGAUAAAGUGUUUGCCAUCUCCUGUAUCUUCACGGCUCUUCUGAUAGCGGUGCGGAAAGAGUUGGAUAGGAAUGCCUGGAUUCACGAUCUGGAGAACUACGACGAGGAACUGUUUAUAGAGAGCGAUAUUUACAAGGCUGCCUAAGGUAGAAACAAUGCAUUACGAAACCAUGAUUC